GCGUCGGAGUGACUCUGGUUUUGACCAAGCGCAACUGGGAGUCGCUAGCAUUCUGGCCAUGAACACCUCCUGGCGUUCUUCUCAUCCCUGGAAACACCUCCUGACUCUGUAAUUUGUUCCUGCGCCAGCCAAAGUCCCUAGGAUAGGACCUACACCCACACCGCUUGGCACCUACUACCCUGGCGUUUCCUCGCUGAGUGCCCUGUCUUCUGCUCCGUGCUUUCCCCAGGAGUACUUGGGUUUGGGGUGAGGAUUUAUUUUGUUCCUUUCAGGUGUGAUCGAGAGGGUCUGGAGACUUUUUAGAUGUCAAGAGACAAGUGUGGCUGCAGGAGCCCCAGGCAAAACUGAUUUUGGGGCGGAGGAGGUUUAGGAUAGUGAGUUCUGCAUGAGCUGCUUAAAGGACAAAGGUAACAGAACCAGCCAGACAGCUCAAAGGGAGACUUCAGCCCAGAGAAUUGGUGGAAGUGUGCGCGCCGCCGCCACCGCCGCCGCCGCCUUUCCUGCAGCGCUGUCGAUCUAGCCACUGGCAUCUUCCCGAGCUCCGGGAUUCCGGAGUAGCAGGCGCCGCCCGGAGCAGAAGCGCCAGGCUGCGGCUUGCGCACGCGGCUCACCAUGGGCUCCGCGCACCAGGCGCUGUCCGUGGUACCGGCUGUUCUGCUGGUUCUCGCGCUGCCUGGGCUGCCUGUCUGGGCACAGAAUGACACCGAACCGAUCGUGCUGGAGGGCAAGUGUCUGGUUGUGUGCGACUCGAACCCAGCCACAGACUCCAAGGGAUCAUCUUCUUCCCCUUUGGGAAUAUCGGUCCGGGCAGCAAACUCCAAGGUGGCCUUUUCAGCGGUUCGGAGCACCAACCAUGAGCCAUCUGAGAUGAGCAACAAGACACGCAUCAUUUACUUUGAUCAGAUCCUGGUUAAUGUGGGCAAUUUUUUCACAUUGGAGUCUGUUUUUGUGGCACCAAGGAAAGGAAUCUAUAGUUUUAGUUUUCAUGUAAUUAAAGUCUACCAGAGCCAGACAAUCCAGGUUAACUUGAUGUUAAAUGGGAAACCAGUCAUAUCUGCCUUUGCUGGCGAUAAAGAUGUGACCCGAGAAGCCGCCACUAACGGAGUGCUCCUCUACCUGGACAAAGAAGAUAAGGUUUAUCUAAAACUGGAGAAAGGUAACUUGCUUGGCGGCUGGCAGUAUUCCACGUUUUCUGGCUUUCUGGUGUUUCCUCUAUAGAACUUGACUUCUCCAUGACACCCAUGAGUGAGGGCGGCCACCCCUGGGUUAUCGG